AUGCGGCUCUUCAGUACGCUCAUCGUUUCCCUGCUUUCCUUGCCUUUCAUCACCCAGGCGCUUCAGUACCGAGGCGCCGACUUCAGUUCUCUGAUCAAUCUCGAGAACUCUGGGAUCGUCUACAGGGACUCUGGCUCUACCAAUAAACUGGAAUGGAUUCUCAAAAAUCACGGGGCCAAUCUUGCUCGCAUCAGGAUUUGGACCAGUACCAGUUACUCUCAAUACAGCCUCGAACAUGGUUUAGCGUUGGCGAAGCGCGCCGUUGCCGCCGGCAUGACUUUGUUAAUCGACCUUCACUACAGUGAUACCUGGGCCGACCCCGGCAAGCAGGGCAUUCCUAGUGCUUGGCCUCGGGACUUGGACGGACUGAAUAAUAGGAUCUACACCUAUACCCGAGAUGUUGUUCAAGCUUUCGCAAACCAAGGAACUCCUGCUGAGUUCAUCCAGAUCGGCAACGAAAUCAAUGAUGGAAUGUUAUGGCCCACAGGCCAGAUAUCCAGGAACGGAUAUUCCCCGUUAUCCCAACUUCUCCAUUCGGCCGCUAAUGGGGUGCGAGCAGCCUCUUCGUCCACGAAGAUUAUGAUCCACAUCGCCAACGGCUGGAACGGCUCCGCGGUCAGUUCGUUCUUUAACCAAAUCUUCCGUCCGGGUGAACUCGAGACUGGUGACUUCGACGUCAUGGGAUUCUCGAUCUAUCCAUUCUACGGAACGGGCGCUACGACGAGCGCUCUUCAGUCCAAUCUUCAGGCUAUGGUAAAUAGAUACGGCAAGGACGUCUGGGUCGUCGAAACCGACUGGCCGGUCUCGUGCUCUGGUGUCACUCUGAGCGACCGGUCUGUCCCUAUCUCAGCCGCUGGUCAAUCUGCCUGGGUGGCUAAGAUCAGAGACGUCCUCUCGUCGCUGCCGGGAGGUCGUGGCAAGGGGAUCGUGUAUUGGGAACCGGCGUGGAUCGGUAACGCGAACUUGGGAUCAGGAUGUGCUGACAAUUUACUCGUCGAUGGUUCCGGCAAUACUCGGUCUAGCAUUGCGAUGUUCUCCGACUCCAUGUAA